ACAUCAAACCAAAGUGUAGCAAAUUCUCUUUAUCAACACAUAAGCUGUCUGCGGGGCUAUUAGGCUACUAUAGACUGUAUAAAUAAGACUAUUACUUACUGGAAACAUAGCAAUGAACAGGACAUAACGUCAGAAAUCCUCUGUUUCGUUGUCAUGCAGAGUUGUGACAUGUUUGUGCUGCUCCUGGUUUCCACGGCACUGUUUCCACUCGGACAUACAUCACUACCUCUAGUUAUCAACACGUGGCCAUUCAAGAACGCAACGGCUGCAGCAUGGCGGGCCCUGCAGUCCGGCGGCUCAGUGCUGGAUGCAGUGGAGAAGGGCUGCGGCCGCUGUCAAAUCGAGCAGUGUGACGGCAGCGUCGGCUAUGGUGGGAGCCCAGAUGAGUCUGGAGAGACCACGCUGGACGCCAUGAUCAUGAACGGAGACACGAUGGAGGUUGGUGCAGUUGCAGACCUGAGGAGAAUCAAGAAUGCCAUCGGAGUAGCGAGAGCUGUGAUGGAGCACACUGACCACACGCUGCUGGUGGGAGAGUCCGCUUCUGUGUUUGCUGAAAACAUGGGCUUCAUCGCAGAAGACCUGACUACCAACAACUCUGUGAAUAUUUUCUCGCAGUGGCUGAAGGGCAACUGCCAACCUAAUUAUCGAAAGAAUGUUUUUCCAGAUCCUUCCAAGUCCUGCGGACCCUACAAGCCGUCAGCGACUCUGAAACAGAACAUGAGGGCACAGCAUGCUAAUACGCACUCCCAUGACACCAUAGGGAUGGUUGCUCUUGAUCAAGACGGUCACCUGGCUGCUGGCACAUCAACCAACGGACUGACUCACAAAGUUCCAGGUCGUGUCGGGGACUCUCCUAUUGUUGGAGCAGGGGCCUACGCCGACAGCUCAGCCGGUGGUGCCGCGGCGACUGGAGACGGAGACCUCAUGAUGCGCUUUUUGCCAAGCUACUUGGCCGUGGAGCUGAUGAGGGCCGGGGCAGAUCCCUCGGCAGCCUGCAAGACGGCCAUUUCCAGAAUCAAGAGGCAUUACUCAGAGUUCUUUGGAGCCAUCAUCUGCGCAAACACAACGGGCCAUUAUGGAGCCGCCUGCAACAAAGUCCCCGGCUUCUCCCAGUUCCACUUCAUGGUGUGGAACUCAGAGUCCGACGCACCGCGCCUAAAAUCUGUGGACUGCUUUUAAUGAAUCAACAUGUUCCAGAGUGUAUUUUUAAUGCUGAUGUAAUAAAAACAAACAUUUGUUAAGUCAUUAGAUU